AUGGCUGAGCCACUAAGCUCAGAAACAGAGACAAGAAGCACAAGUUGCACUUCACCUUCUUCAUCUUCACCACCACCACCACAACCACCAUCAUCAAGUUCAAGAAAGCGUGCGAGAGAUAGCAAUAGCAAUAGCAAUAGCAAUAGCAAGCACCCGGUUUACAGAGGGGUCCGAAUGCGCACGUGGGGCAAAUGGGUAUCCGAAAUUCGAGAGCCCAGAAAGAAGAACCGAAUCUGGCUCGGUACAUUCGCCACCGCAGAGAUGGCGGCGCGUGCACACGACGUCGCCGCGCUCACCAUAAAGGGCUCCUCAGCCAUCCUCAACUUCCCCGAACUCGCCGGGUCACUGCCCCGACCCGCAUCCAACUCGCCCCGGGACGUUCAAGCAGCCGCAGCCAAAGCCGCUUCCAUGGAAGUUCAUCUCACCCCUCCGUCGCCGGAGGAUUCGUCUUCGUCGUCGUCGACGCCGGAGGAUCUGGGUGAGAUAGUGGAGCUUCCGCCGUUGGGAACCAGUUUCGAAUCACCCGACCCGAGUAGAGAGUUCGUGUUUUUCGACCCGGUUGAUGGGUGGCCCUAUCCUCACCCGUGGUAUCACGGCAUUUAUGAUGACCAGGAUAAUGGUGGUUACUUUAUUGGAGAUAUGAACAACAUGAUAUCAAUGCAAGACUCAGAGAGUAUGGUUCUUUCAUCGUGGCCUUAAGAGGAAGAUUGUUCUUUGUUACAACACUAAUGUUUAG